GUUCCGCUGCGCACCAAUCAGCACGGAGAGGCGACAGGAGGAGGCAGGCGGUCUCCGGGGAGCUGGAUGAGCAGAGGCGGGCGCGGGGCCGUUGCCCGCAGGAUGCUGGUGUCGGUGUGAAUUCAGGAGAAGGGCGCCGCCAGCUCGCCGGACAACAUGAGGUUCCGCAUCUACAAGAGGAAAGUCCUGGUGCUGGCGCUCGUCGUGCUGGUGGCCGCCUUCGGCUUCUGGACGAGCGGCAAGCAGAGGAAACCGGAGGCAUUUCCGAGGGACGCCGAGACACCGCGUUCACCGCGAGUUGGCGACGGGAAGGUGAGCCGGAAAGUUUCCAACGAGUCUCAGCCGGGUAGGUUGGAGAGGCCGGAGAUCGACAACCUGACGCUGGGUUACCGAGGGAUCGUCUACCAAUUAAACUUCGAUCAGGUUGUCAGAAACCGGGAGAGCAUAAGGACACGUCCUCCCGACGACGUGGUGGUGGUGAUCCAAGUGCACAACAGGCCAGAAUACCUGCAGUUACUCGUGAACUCGCUCAGAAAAGUCAAAGGCAUAGAAAAUGUCUUGUUAAUAUUUAGCCAUGACUUCUGGUCGCCGCAGAUCAACCAGAUUGUGGCCAGCAUCGAUUUUUGUCAAGUACUACAAAUAUUUUUUCCGUUCAGUAUCCAGUUGUAUCCUAACGAAUUCCCAGGGCACGAUCCCAAGGACUGUCCACGUGACAUAAGCAAGGCGGAUGCUUUCAAAUUGGGCUGUAUCAAUGCUGAGUAUCCAGAUUCAUUUGGCCAUUAUAGAGAGUCCAAAUUCUGUCAAACCAAACACCACUGGUGGUGGAAGUUGCAUUUUGUUUGGGAGAAAGUCAAGGUUUUGGAAAAUCAUAAGGGUCUAGUGCUGUUCAUUGAAGAGGACCACUAUCUGUCACCUGAUUUUUAUCAUGUUCUGAAAAAUAUGUGGAGUCUGAAAGCUGAAAAUUGUCCUGACUGUGACAUACUGUCUCUUGGGGCAUAUAUGCGAGUUAGUAAUUUUGGAGAUAAAACAAAUAAAGUUGAGGUGAAAACCUGGCGAUCAACGGAGCAUAACAUGGGCAUGGCUAUGACCAGAGAGACCUAUCAAAAAUUAAUACAGUGCACAGAUACUUUUUGCAAAUAUGAUGACUAUAACUGGGAUUGGACAUUACAGCAUUUAACAGUGUCCUGUUUGCCUCAAUAUUGGAAAGUUAUGGUUUGUGAAGCUCCUCGGAUUUACCAUGCUGGUGAUUGUGGUAUGCAUCACAAGAAAGUGUGCAUGCCAUCUGUUGAAGUUUCUAAAAUAGACAAAAUUAUAAGUAGUAAUAUGCAGCACUUAUUUCCAGAAACAAUGACAAUAAGCAAAGUGUAUCCAUCGGGUGCAAUUACUCCACACGUGAAAAAUGGAGGCUGGGGAGAUAUAAGGGACCAUGAAUUGUGUGCAAGCUAUCGCCGUCUGCAGUAAUUAUGUAAUAAAUUUUAUGCCAUAUCAUGAGUUCAGUAGUUUAGUUUUCUGCUGUUGCAAGAACAGAAGCAGUGUUAUACAAUCUUUGAACUUAAACCCUAAGAAAAUGACUAUUCCAAUGACAUUUUUCCUCCCAAAAAAAGAUGUGGUCCUGAAAUUUAUGGACCACAGAAGGGCUAGGUUUGACCUAGCCUCUGGAUUAAUUUCUCUCAGUAAGGGAUGUUGCAAUUGGUUUCAUUAUCCAUCAAGUAGGAAAGAGGGAAAAAUCAACCAAGGUUCCAAUGUUUGACUGGUGUUAGUAACCACACUGAAAAACAGUGCUGGAUGAAACCUGGGAGUCUGGUCCCCAGUCAGAUGUAUCUUUUUUGGCAUUUGCCAUUAGGUCCCAAGAAUAAGGUGCUGGAAGAAUGCUGGUACAUCAGCAUUUUGAUGCCUUUACAAAAGAAUAGCAAAAAGAAAAGGUUUUUUUUGCCUUUUAAAGAACUCAAGCACUUUCAGCAGGUUACCAUUCUUUGUACAGUAUGUAUUCUGGUAACUGAGAAGGAGAAAAUGCAACUUUGAUGGCAAAAGUCAAACCUGCUCGUUUUAUGUCAUUUAGUUAAGGCUCACUUUUCAUUGUUUGAUUUAAUUUACAGGUGAUACUUGUUCAAAAUCAGCAUUGUCACACUGUUCUUAUAAUGUAUUUACAUUAAGAAAACUUUUAAAUAUGCCUUAAUGUGUGAUACUGUGGUGAGAUUAAUCUUAAUUUUAUUAUCCAGGUUAUUUUUGAAACAAGUGGCAGAACUGUAACUGAAAAUACUUUAUACAGUUCAAAAUACUCACUCCUUAAAAUACCCAGAGAUCCAAAAUCAAAAUCUGCAGCUAUGUUAGUGGAUAUUUUGCCAAAAUGGAAUUGGUAUGAAGACUUAAUCAAUUCACCACGAGAGUAUGUAUGAAAUUGUAGUAAAGGGAAAACACCUUCAAUGAAUGGCUAUGUGAAAAUGUCACUCAUUCAUUAGUACACUAUAUCGAAAUCUUAGUCACGAUACUGUUCAGUUCUUUGCUUUGAACACAAAUCUGUAACUGAUACUACAGUGAAAUGUUUUUGUUCCUUUGUUGGUGAUGGUAUUCCAAAAAAAACCAGCAUGCCUUUUCCCUGUGAUUGCAUUUAUUAGGGUUCAUCUGACUUGACAGAUGGUGCUUCACUGCAGUUUGAGAUACUGCUGACCCCCUGAAACUGCUCAUUUUUUAAAAGCAAAUGCCUUGGUUAAAUUUUUUUGCUUUUCAUUGUACGGCCUCCUAAAAUAAAAAGAACAAUACAAUUCUUUUUGUGAACUGGAAGAGAUGUAAUGAGUCAAACAUUGUUCUAAAAGUUAUCUGUACUUUAAUUUCAGUUUCAAAUUAUAUGACUUUUGUUUAAAACAAGCUAUUUUACUUUCCUAUAUGUCAAUCACCUCCAUACAAUCUGCUUUUCAUUAAUGAGGUGGGAGGAUAGUGGUGACGACCAUAAGACAUAGAGCAGAAUUAGGCUACUUGGCCCAUCAAGUCUUCUCCACAAGACAGUUAAGUUUGAUCCUAAUGUUCCAUUCUUGCUAUAUUGCCCGGAAGGGGAAUGUCCUUUUUACAGUGACCAUGCUCAGCAAAAUUUCUUAUUCAGACAAAACCUUGUGAAAAAUGAAGAUGAUGAUCUUUUCCCCUUGGGAACAGAUUACUCCAUCCUUUUACUUUACAGAGGGAAGGGUCGACCUCCCGGGAAAAUCACUGGAAAAAUUCAAGUGACACAAUGUGGUCAUGUUGUCGGCUGAGUCUAAAUAGUGUAAAACUGUCAUUUCGAUGAGUGGUCCUUCCCCCAGCCCCCCACCACCACUAACAAUCUCCUCUGUUAAACCCUUACUCCUGCUCCAAAUUCUAACUCUCAUCCCUGCAAUUCCAGUUUCAAGGUUCAGGAUUAAUAUCAUGCCCUGUAUACAAGUGUAAGGAGAACAACAUAAUUGUUAGUCUGGAUCUGAUGCAACACAAAAAUACACACAGGAUAAAAAACAAUAAUAAUAAGAACAUGAUAAAUAUAAAUACAUAAGAUAGCUUAUAUAUGUGGAUUAAUUGUAUUUCCAUAAAGUGACACUAGGUUGUACUUGUGUGACUGACUGGAAAUAAUAAAGUAGUGGUGGAGUUAGUAAGUGGAGAUGUUGAUCAGCCUUACUUCUUGGGGAAAGUAACUAUUUUUGAGUCUGGUGGUCCUGGCUUACGGGAGUCUCUCUGUGUGGCUGUCUCCCAUGAGAUGAUGUCAGUGCUGCACCGUUCAGUGCUUGGCUUCCAUGGAAAUGAAAUAUAGAACUUAGAAAUCUACAGCACAUUACAGGCCCUUCGGCCCACGAUGUUGUGCUGACCAUGUAACCUAUUCUAGAAACUGCCUAGAAUUUCCCUACAGCAUAGCCCUCUAUUUUUCUAAGCUCCAUGUACCUAUCUAAGAAUCUCUUAAAAGACUCUAUUGCAUCUGCCUCUACCACUGUGACUAGCAGUGCGUUCCAUGCACCACCACUCUCUGUGUGAAAAACUUACCUCUGACCUCCCCCUUGUACCUACUUCCAAGCGCCUUAAAACUAUGCCCCCUCGUGUUAGCCAUUGGUCAAUGGUUCUCUUUUUUCCUCUUUCAAAUCUGUAAAGUUGCCUCAUUCUUCAAAACGUCUCCCAUAAAUCUUCCACUGAUGUGCGCUUUUGAGCAUAGUAGAUGUAAAGGAGUUUAGUCUUGUUAAGGAUGCUUGUGAACACACGUAAUUUAGCAAUGAUUGCUGAGUUAACUCACAUAUGAAAAUGUGAAAUAUGGACGGAACAGCUGUCAGCAUUCACAGAUUUAGUGAGAAGGGAAAACUGACAAAUAUUAACAAAGAGGCACUGUGGAUUCUGUUUUUCUUCACUGUUUUAAAUAAAUUCCUUCUCCUUGUUCCUCUCCAAAGACAUUGGAACUAAGUUAUAUAGCACUGGAAAAUUUUGCAAUGCCAUUUCUUUAUGCUUUUAGUAUUUGGGCAAGCCUUAGCUUGCUGCAGAUUGUCUUAACAGACUCCCAUGGGACCACUUUUGAGUGACUUGAUAGUUCAAGCCACCUUUAUGCAGAUUACAGUUUACCUGCUCCUCUUAAAGGGGUGGUGUAGUCAAGCUGAAUGAAGUAGUGGGAGUGGAAAUCAUUCCAAAGUUGGUCACAGUUUCCAGAAGUGCUGUUAGGAUAGAAGCAACAGCUACACUGCAGUGCUCUGAUACAAUAGAAACCUUGGGCAAUGAUGGGAGAAGGUUUUGCAUUCAGACUACAGUAGCUGAAGCAGCAGAAAAAAGAGGCAGUGGCUGUGGAAAUAAGCAUAAGGACGGGAGUGCCACAGAAUGUUCGAUGACAUGUUCCAAUUGCAACAGUAGUUUCACGCACUUCAUAAGCAACUGUAUCAAGUCACUAAUAAGCCUUUUAAAUGUCCCACCAGAUACAUGAAUUAUACCAAGCUUUACAUCUAUAUCCCACACGGUGUGUUCACUGCCAAGUCAAAAGGAUGAAUGUUCGUCAUGGUUGCUCCUAUGGUCAAAUCCAAGACAAAUGGCAGACAUGAGACCAUUGAUAAUGACGGUGCUCAGACCUAAUCCUCCUCCCUUAGUCUCAACUCUUCACAGCAUAAUCACAUCUGAUUUAUAAGAUACAGGUGAUACAAACAUGCAUCUUUCACUGCUCCCAACUCAAAUCUGUAAUUUGUCUCAGCAUAAACAUAAUCUUGUGGCUUUCUCCUUUUAGAAAAAUAACAAUGGGAACCUUCAGGAAUAAGGAAUUGCUAUUGUCUUCAUUUUAAAGUGUGGUACCAUAUCUUUUCUGAUAGCUCCACCAGUAGAGAACCUCCUCACCCCUCGCUUUAUCAACUGUACCUCUUGGCUCUUCACUUCCUCAGUUGCCAGAAUGAGUUAAACCAGCAUAGGUGUUUCAGCAGAGUACGUCUCCACCUGCGAUCACCAUUUAAGAUACUGACAAUGUGCCGCGAGGUUAAUUAGUCUCUUUUUCAUUUGGAAUAGAGGCUCAAAAUGGAGAGCCUAGCUGUCAUAUGCAUAAUGAACACAUUAAUAACUCCUUCACAUCUGAUGCCAACAAGCUACUGUGAAUUAUUCAUACUUUGUAGUAUCAGGAACUUGUAUUGUUUGAAAAGCCACAUGCUUUUUGCUGCCUGCUGUUUCCUGCCAAGGAAGAAAAUGAUAAAUUCUGCUCUUCUGAAGUAAAUUGCAUUUGUGAACUCUAAGCCACAAAAUGUUGUAAAUAUUCCCUGGAAAGAGACAGAAACAUUAAAGUUGGUAUGAUUCUGGUCCUGCGCAACAGUAGUGGCUGUAGCACGUGGUGCAUUUCUGUUGUGAUUUUCUGAAUAAAUUGAAACCUUAUGAUUUCCCUUUGC